UCUCAACUACACACUUCCAGCCAUGCUCCUCUCGGAGACUGAUGACGAGUCUCGGGUAUUGGACGGCAGCGAGAGCGGUUCGGACGGAUCUGAUCCAAACUCCUCCGACGAGGACUACGUCCCGAGGGGCCCGGGUCCCGGAGCCGCUCAGGAAUAUGAGGAGAAUUCAGAUGAGGAGUGUGUUUUUACACCUGCAAAGAGAAUGAGGAGGCAAUGCCGCUCUGUGUAUGCCUCUCCAGCAUCUCCGCCUAUGAAAUCAGCAUCAAGGAAGUGGAAGCCGAGCUCAUGUAGAAGGAAGAUCCUCUAUGAAGCUACGCCCAAAAAAGACUCCUCCACUCUCAACACGGGGAAGAGACUCUCCACUCCACAGAAGACAACUCCAAGUAGAAAACUGCACGCAGUGGAACCAGAGGAUGAAAAAGACAUUUGGCAUAAUAUUGAUGAGGAAGAUGUUGAGCCUCCUCAGCCACGGUUCAGACCUGAACGCGAUAUUGGACCACAGUUGAACAGGACAGCAAAUUACACGCCACUUGAGCUGUUUCAGCUUUUCUUCUCUACAACAGUAAUAGGUACAUUGGUAAAGAACACCAACGCCAAUGGGGAGAAGAAAUGCCAAGUUCUGAAGGAGAGCUGGGUUCCGGUGACACCAGCAGAUAUGUACUCCUUCAUCUGCCUCGUCCUCUACAUGGGCAUGGUACCACUUAAAACUCUGAAAGAGUUUUGGAGAGGAUCAAAGCUAUUCUGCCUACCAUUUCCUGCCUCUGUCAUGCCUUGCAGACGUUUUCUAGCCAUUUCCACCAGUCUUCACAUGAGCGAUCCGGUUGCAGAGGCAGCCAAUGAGCAGAAAAAAGGGACGGUGGGGUACGACAAACUUUGCAAGAUAAAGCCACUUUAUGACCAGAUUUUGCAGGCCUGCUACACUUUCUUUCACCCAAACCAGCAUAUCUCCAUAGAUGAACGAAUGGUUGCAAGCAAAGCUCGGUUUGGAUUUAAGCAGUACUGCAGAAACAAGCCCACGAAGUGGGGCUUUAAGCUCUUUGUUUUAGCUGACUCCAAAUGUGGGUACACCCUUAACUUUUUUGUGUAUGGAGGAAAAGGCGGGGAACCCACCGGGAAGGGGUUAAGCUACGAUGCCGUCAUGAGGCUUCUCAAGAUUCCCUUCCUGGGCAAAGGAUACAAGCUCUACGUGGAUAACUUUUACACCAGCCCAACUCUUUUUCUUGACCUCCUUAAGAGGAAAAUCUGGGCAUGUGGCACUAUUCGCCCAAACGUAUCAGGUUAUCCCAGGACUAAAAUGAACAAUACGCCAGAGAAAGCAUCAAGGGGAACCAUUCGUUGGCUCAGAAAAGGGGAGUUGUUGUUUGUCAAAUGGUUCGACACCCGAGAGGUAACAAUGUGCUCAACCAUGCACAAAGCCUUCUGCAAUGACGUGGCGAAGCGCAAAGUGAAAAGCACAAAUGGACAGUGGACAGUGAAGCACGUGCCCAUUCCAAGCUGCAUUAGAGAUUACAACAAGCACAUGGGGGGUGUGGACUUAUCAGACGCUCUCAUUGGCUACUACAACGUCCUUCAUAAAACCCAGAGAUGGUACAAAACCCUGUUUUACCACUUUGUCGACAUUGCCACAGUGAAUGCCUUCAUCCUCCACAAAGAAAUGUGCAAACUGCAAAAUCGCCCCCCACUUAAACAAAAGAGCUUCAGGGAACAACUGAUUUUGUCUUUGGCUGAGAUUGGGUCUACUCCACGCAGGUCAGGUCCAAACUUGAUGUUUUCUGCCUUUUCUCUCAAAGUGCCUCCAGUCCGGCCUCCCUCUGAGUCCAUGGAACCAACUGCUGCCCCAGCUACUGUUUUGCUCACCUCAACUUCUUGCAGCCCAGAGGCAACUCAAGACUCUGUAGGACCACCUACCACCAUCUCCCCUGAUGUGGCAGCUGCUACACCCCCCGUCGCUCCAGGUUUAGGUCACCUACCUGCUUACUUCGUUGAGCAGAUGAGCGACGUGCCCUCCAGAAGUCGGGCCACUGCUGGAAGGAGGGCAUGUGUUGUGUGUAAACGAAAGUCGCCCGUCUUCUGCAGUACUUGUUACAAAACACUUUGUUUCACAUCUUUUAGAAACUGCUAUAGUAAAUGGCACAGAAGCAACAACAUCUGUGUCUGAUUAACUGGAAUUACUUGAAUAUAGUCUGAAUAAAGAGCAGAGUGACCUACAGUACGACUCCAGAUAACCAGACCGUAAAGUAGCUACAGUGUUAUCUAAAAAUGUUAGUACAAUACCUAACGAGUCAGUUUAAAGUAAGUUACUAAAGAAUACACUGGAAUAAAACCACAAAAAAGUAGUCACUGUAAUGGACAUCUACCUAAAAUUAGGAAUCUAGUCAUUGUCUUAGUUGUCAGAAUCAACUUUUUAAUAUUUAAUGAAUUUGUUACGGUAAGUUUCAGUAUUUCCACUUGACCUUAUACAUAUUUUGCAUAUCAUCUAGAAAUAAACCAGGAUUCAGCAUUUUACACUGCUGCACAGACUAACCUCUGUGAUAUUUGCUGGAUGGUGCUGUAGUUGCCCUUUCCCAGUCAGCAAAGGUGCUCAUUUUCAGGUAUUAAAAAGCUUUAAAAGUAUUAUGCAGCCGGGAGCCAGUGGUUGCAUAUGCAGUGCAUACUCUUAAACAGCUGUUAAGUGGAUUACAUGUGCAAUCUGUAUUUAGCCUGAAGUAUACAAAGUAUACUAAAAACACCAGAAUAGGAAAUGUACACUUUUCACCAUCUAAAACAACCCAAACUCCUAAUUAACAUGUGGUUUUGAGCUAAUGCUAUGCAGCGUUCAAUGCAUUCUUCCACUAAUUACGUCUGACUGAUUGAUCCCAAAACAACAGUAAAAAUAAAAAGCAAUGGCAACAUGCCUUUUUCUGAUGAGCCAAGCGGUUACCUGCAUUAUCAUUAUCAUGAAUAUUCAGAUUCAGAGCUAUUUUGUUUCAGUCCAUUGUAGCUAUGCAAUGUUGCAUAGACACAAGGAGGCUUUUCGGUUGAGAAAACAUUCUGAACAAUAGAUGCACAGGUGACUAAUUAUCCACACUAAAUUUUAUACACACACACACAUAUAUAUAUAUAUGUAUAUAUGGAGACAUGCUGAUAGAUGUUAAAGAGGCAUGUACUCCAUUGGUGGUUACAAAGAUUUAGUUUAUAUAAUUAAAUUAUCUAAUGUAUUACAUCCACUGGAAACUGUACUUUCAACAUCUUUCUGUGAUACUUGAGCUGCCAAACAGACUCAGCACCAUGAGUAGGGUACCGAUCUACCUCAUUUCACCUCUUCUAUCUGCAUUUAACAUUCUUUCAAGCAUCACUGAAACAUGAAACAUGCAGGUGCAAUCCAGCUAAACGACCUUAUGUCUGCUCAUAGAUGUGAUGUUGUGUCAAGUUGAAGGUGCAUAUAGUUUUAGAUAAAAGUCGUACUUGUGAAUUAGUGUUCACCCAGUGCAGAAUUACGCUUGGUAUAACAACCCUCCAGCAGGAGGGUCCUCCCUUAUGGUCCUGGUCCAGGUUUCUUCCCUCCUAAAGGGGAGUUUUUCUUGCCACUGUUUGGCUUAAGGUUUUUCUCCCAUUAGGGGAGUUUCUACCCACCACUGUUUAUGUAAUAAUUGCUCGGGGUCAUGUUCUGGGUCUCUGGAAAGAUCCUAGAGACAACUUGUAUUGUAAGAGACGCUAUAUGAAUAAAACUGAAUUGAACUGUGCUUUAAUGUGCACUUGUAUCACAAUAUUUUUUUGAUAUUUAGACUGUGAUGUUAACAUGAAAGUGCUACUGAUCAAUUAUAUCUCUGCUUUUAUCAAUCAUUUUGGAUUGCAUAGUGAGUGUUGGGUCAUGUUACAAUCCUGGACAUAGAUUUUAAAUACUCAUUUACCGCAGGAGAUAAACUUGAAGUGACCUUGAUUUCAGACCGCAUUUCUCACUUUAUGCAUUCAAAGUUCGAAUGAGAGUAACAACUGUGAUGUGUGAAACAUACUUGAAGUGUUAUUAUACUGCUGUAUCUCAGUACUACAGUAUUACCAGGCAUAAAUACAGACUUGCACAAUACACUUUGAAUGUGGUCCAAACGUUUGAGGAUUUUUAUGUUAAACUAUAUUUAUUCCACAAACUUGAUGUAAGAUGUCACUUGUCAACCCUCCAAUGAGAUUCUCCAACUGGCUCCAACUGAAGCCUGUCAAAGCACUGCUGUGUCAACCCCAGUUAGCCUUUUGAUGAACCCUAGACCUAAUUAGAAAUGCCAUCGAAUGAUGUUUAUCAAUCAUACGUAGGUAAUUGUGUCCUCAUGCCAGAAUAACAUCAAAUUGCACAUAACAAAACUCAAGAAAAUAAGUAUGUAGAUUGUUGUGCAAUUAAAAUCUGAAAUUCAUACACAGUGGAAAAUAUUAUACAGUUUAGAGAAGUUAGAGAAAAGAUAAGUGUGGUUGGGAGUUUAAUGCAACAAAACAAAUCACAAAUGUUCAAGUGAAACCAGAAAGAUCAACAAAUUGUGCUGAAACUUUCCCAGUUAAUUGGUAAAUGUAAGUGAUUCUUGGAAGCUUGGUUAUGUUUUUAAUGCUGUUAAUGUGACAACUGGAAAGAAGAAAACAGCUUCUGUUGGAAACAGAUACAGAGAGUAAAGUACAUCUAGUUGCUGGAAAAGAAUGGUAAGGUUUUUGUUCAAGUAGUAAAACAUAUUGGAUAAUGAACUUAAUGAAAUGUACACUUGCUUCUGACAAAGACUCAAUUAGUGAUCAAGUGAUCUUAUGUGAAGAAUGUAGGGGCUCAAACCACUUCCUGUAAACUGACCAUGCUCUCAUGGGUGAACUAUAGAUAUUUGAAGGGAUGUUUUGUUUACACAAAGACAUUAGGUCUGUUGUCUUGUGUUUAUAGCAAGAGGGAUUGUUUUGUAUUUUAUUAGAUUUGCCAACCUGGAAAAAAAAUUGUUAUAUUCGUGAUUUAUAUGGAGUCAUUUUUGAGGUAUUAUUGUAACUGUUAUGGACCUCAGUAACUGUUAAAUAUUUUAAAAUGUAUCUUUAGUUCAUACACGUUUGGUAGAGAUUUAGUACUGGCCAGUGUUUUGUUUUGUUCUGUGUAUAUUUUACAAAAGUAGAAUACAUAUAGUUUUGAAAACUUUGUGCAUAUACAUUUUGCUGGAUUUCAAAUGCUGGAUAAAUAACUCCUAUGUUAGAUAAUUAUGUGGCACACUGGGGGUGUUAUGUAACAUUUUUCAUUAUCAUUAAAGCAGCUUGAGAGUUG